CGCGUUGACUGGCCCACGCGCACGCCAAAUCUGCGUUUCGCGAUACACAUUCGCACAAAUGCAAACAGCUUCCCAUUUUCAAACAAAAUCCUUUUAUAGUUGCAAAGCUCGGCCGCUCUAUAAAUAACGCCAGCCGGUGGGCCGAUGUGCUCUAGCUAGUUCGCGAAAUCUGUGCAAAUGUUUCCUAUGUUAUAAACUUGAGAUAUUGGACUAUUUUAACAACUCUCAACCUAAUAUGGAGAGCUGAACGUUAGGCGUGCGUCUUGGAAGUGUAAAUGUUCGAGUAGUUCGAGUGCUCUACUUCGUGGCAAGAGCUGGUUUUAAUGGUGUCAAGUGUUUAUUAAGAUGAAGACGACGAUUUAAUCGGUCACUCAGAACAAUGUGUAUCGUAUCGAGUUAAUUGUAACUAACUGUGCAGUAAACAGAAAAUAGCUUCGUAAAAUUAAGGACGAGCGUUAUACUGGUACAUUUUGUGUGAACAGUGUGUGAAGUUGGAGGUUUUGUGUUUCUAAUAUUUGGAAAUCAAUAGACAAUGUUUUACAAUGGAAGGUUGGACAGCAGUAGUAGUACGUCGACGUCAUCAGGGAGUUCGGAUCUACGGGUGGCCGGUGCCGUGGAGCUGAGCGACUCCGCCAACACCGCGCAAGUACUGGCGCAAGUACAGAACUCUGACAGAGCACGCUUUUCGGACACGAGCUGGCAAAUCCAUCGGACGUGGAUGCGCAAUGGCGACCCUCUACCGUUGUCGCCCACCCCAUCAAGAUCGCUACCCGCUCCCGUCACCGCUCCGCCGCCCGCUCCAUCGGUGUCAGCGUCCGUGACCUUACGCUCGGAACAGAACGGCAUCUACGACACGAUUACGAGUCGAGCAGUGAGUGCACCCGCUACACCAGCCUCCACUACAUUUUCGAGAGAUCAGAGUGGGUCCCGAUCAGCAAGUUACCCGGGAGGUCCAGGCAGUCGGCUAGACCUCUGCUAUGUAGCGGAACGUAUGUUGGCGUUGCACCUGCCUGAAAGAGAUACGCAUGCGGAAGCACAGGCGGCUCAUAUGCUCACCAAUAAACAUGGAGACCAUUUCAUGGUAUUUGAGGUGAGCGGCAGUGACGGCGCGGGCGGUGUCGGUGCGGCUCGCAGCGUGUUCGGGCGCGCUCGCUCCCUCGGCUGGGCCGGCGACCUCGCGCCGCCGCUAGAACGACUCUGUGCGGCUUGCAAACACAUCGAGAGCUGGCUCGCUGCUCACCCCAAGAACGUUGCCAUAUUACUAGCAUGGGGCAACAGAGAACGCCUGGGCGUGCUAGUGGCGGCGUACAUGCACUACUCGGCGAUAUGUGGUGCGCCGGAGCAUGCGCUCGACAGAUACGCCAUGAGGCGGUAUCUGGAUGACAGAGUGCCAGUCUUCCAACUACCCAGCAAUAAACGCUACAUCGACACAUUCGCGGGUCUACUAGCGGGCCAGAUCCGUGUGAACGCCGCGCCACUCCACCUCACGCACGUCAGCGUGGCUGGAUCACUCGCCUCGCCUGCCACGCCCACCAUCGCCUUCCUCAAGAUCUACGAGAACUUCGUCUGUGUUUAUACAUCAGGUCUGUACAUGGUGAACGGCGGCGGCUGGACAGUGGGGGUAGGAAGACUGGCGCUGCGCGGCGACGUGGUGGUCCGCGCGUACCGUCGGACGGCGGCGGCGCGCGGCUCGCAGCGGCAGCUGGUGUUCGCGUGCCAGUUCCACACGUGCGCGGUGGCCGACCACACGCUCUCCUUCACCAAGCAGCAGCUCGAUCAUGCCGUGCACGACCCGUCAUUCCCGAGCGACGGUGCGGUGGAGCUGGUGUUCCUGCGCGGGGAGGGCGGGGGCGGGGCGGCGCCGGCGCCGACGCCGGCCGCUCCACUGCGCGCCGCGCCCGACGCACUCGCACGCGCAGACUCGCUCGAACAUCUGCGACCGCUGUCCACGCUCACUGAUGAUGAUCCAGGUGAGAACAACGGCAGCGCAGAAGGAUCUGGUUCGGGAGGCGAAGCGGGCGACGGGAACGAGGCAGCGCACACAUUCGGUCCCCUCGACGGGUCCAUCUACGCCACGGUGGUCCGUGCGGGCGGUGGUGGGCCUUCCUCACCGCUCAGCGCAUCCAUGGACUCGGGCAUCUCUUCAGCGGGGCGGCGCGCCGCGCCCAGCCCGCCCGACGAGCUCGACGCGCUGCUGGGCGACAUGCUGCGCACGGUGAGCGCUCUGCCCGACCCACCGCCGGCGUCGCACACGCCGCAGCCGCAGUCGCACGCCGACCGACCACCCGAUAUACCGUACCACGCGCGCGCAGACUCCGCGCCCUUCACAUACGGAGCGCCCGGCCUGCGCCCAGGCAUGCUGCGCGCACCCAACCGCCUCGCCAGCCCCGAGCUGGUGAGACGCGCUCUCGGUGGUGACCGCAACUACCGGCCCAUAGAGGACGACGAUGAUGAACGCACGGUCACCCCCGAGCCACCAUCACCUCGUACCCCGCUGUCUCCGCGUACGCUCAAGAAACUAACACACGAAGAAGUCACCACCACCACCGCGGCAGCUCCACCACCAGCAUCUCCCAUAAAGAAUGGAAGCAGAUGGUUGAAUGGGGAAGUGGAAUGGGCGGAACGGCCUGCGAGCGCGGCUACGGUACGGAAGACACCGCCUGAAAAUGGGACGUGGCGAUCAGCGAGUACCCUGGGCUGGCACGAGAGUUCUCGAGCUCGAGAGCCUCGUCGCUCUGAGAGCAGUGUCGAAGGAAGCUCAGGACUCACGUGGUUGCAACGACAGCAACAGAAGCUACGCGAGAGGAAGGAGGCCAGGGAGAGAGUCGCUCGACUACCGCUCGAGUGGGAUACUACUUCUUCCCGACAUGUGCGCCGCUCCGCCAGCCAUCGAGUGGAUGGCUACACAAGUGAUACGACUGCAUUUGCUGAUGAUGACGAGGACUUCAGCGUGCCUCUUCACGUGAACACGCGCACCCCUCUCAGGACUGACCACACCAGUCCACAAGCUCCAGACAGAACCUCAUCUAGAAAGUUUAUGUACGAAAAGAUGACGAUGCGCGAGUGGAGUACGACGAGCACACCAAAUAGUACUCCCGCGCCUGGAUUACUGUCGUUAGCGGAGCCUUCUGGCAAUGAUACCGUUGACCGUGUUGAGAGUUGGUCUCGCGCGGAGUCCCGCACGGAGUCUCGAGCAGGCACUCCGGCGUUCCCCACGCACCCCCGCACUCCCUAUCCACCGACGCCGACGCCCUCACUGUCUGCUCGACCUCCGCGCUCGCCCUCCGUGACCAGGUACAAUAUGUUUGACCUGGAGGACAUGAGAAAAGAACGUGAAAUAAGUCCAGAAUCGGAGUACCGCAUAUACAACGGCAGCAGUGGGUCUCGCCGCUCCAGCGUCAGUGGGACCGCAGAGCCACAACACGUGGCUCCGGAUCGCGUGAGGUUUGCCAGAGACACCAGCCACUACUGGUACAAGCCUAACAUCUCCAGAGAUGAUGCGGUAUCAGCGCUGCUGCAGUUAGAAGAAGGAGCAUUCAUAGUUCGGGAUUCCAACUCGUUCCCGGGAGCAUUUGGUUUAGCAGUGCGAGCGGGUGGCGCGGGAGGAGUGAGGCACUUCCUCAUUGAACCUACAGCUCGUGGUGUACGUCUGCGAGGCUGUCCUGAUGAACCAGUCUUCAGCUCAUUGUCUGCGCUAGUAUACCAACAUACUGUGACGCCACUAGCUCUGCCUGUGCCACUACGAUUACCUGAUAGGGAUCCAUGGACUGGUGGUAGUGCGAAUGCCGCCGCUAGAGCGCUGCUAGCGACCGGUGCAGCGUGUCACGUGUUGUUGCUCGGAUCUGAAAAUACUGAGGCGUUGACAGGACCUGCAGCCGUCAAGAGGGCUGUCUCCAACAUCCUGAAUAAGAAGGCUCCAGCACAUGUAGUGCACUUCAAGGUGUUCGGCGGUGGUAUCACAUUGACGGACGCGGCUCGCAAGCUGUUCUUCAGAAGACACUACCCCGCCACCGGCGUCUCCUACGCAGGACUGGAUCCCGAUGAGAGGAGAUACACACAUACAGACAACAAUACACAGUUGGAAAAACGAAUAUUCGCAUUCGUGGCGCGUGCGUCGUCAAGUGCUGACAACCAGUGCCACGUGUUUGCUGAAUUGGAGCCCGAACAGCCAGCUACAGCGAUCGUUAAUUUUGUUAAUAAGGCUCUGUUGGGAAGCUCACAGAAAAAGGACAUCAUCUAAGUGAGAAGACGACAGUUAUGGGAUAUUGGCGUUGAGAAAUACUCACAAAGUGUUAAACACAAAAACUAAGAAUGAAAUGUAAAAACUGUGUCGUCAUGUAACAUAGGAGUUUAAUUUAUCUUUCGCAUUCUAUAAACUGUAAAAUGAAUAAUAAACUUGGUUUACGUCAUCUUUGUGUUAGUAAAUAUUAUUAAAUAAUUCAUUUCAGAAUAUUGUUCGCCACGAUACGCUUCAUUUCACCAAGUACAAUUAACCAUAAAAUGUGUGUUAGGACUUACUGCAUACAUAAUAUAAAUAUAAAUUAUAACUUAGCUUAGGAAAGGAACUAACUAGUCUCAUAUUAUUUAAUAUAGAGUAGUGAUAUUACGUGUGCCUAAUGAAUAUUAGAUUUAUGAACUAAAUCCAGUGCAUGCUACGAGGCCCCGUAUGUGAAAUAACAAGGUCAAUUAACGAAGGCAGUAACAGGUACAACGAAAUGAAUAAAUAACAUAGUGCAAAGCUUGUAUGAACUAUGGAUAGAUGAUCUAUAAAUAAUUGUAUACUUCACCAGUCCAUUGUCACGUGUACAAAUGUAAAUCGAAUGCAGCUUUAAUACAUCUUAAUGAGUUUUAUCAUUCGUGCAGACAAAGCUUUUAUUACUUGUAAGAAAUGAUCAUUGCCUUAACAUUAAAAUGCUGAGAUAUAGAAUUCAAGGGCUAUAAUUUCCAUUUAAUAGGAGAAAUGGUUUAUGAGUUUGAAAAUGCCUUAAAAAUGAAUGAAUGCCUACCUAAGGUUCGUUGAUGUUCGUCACUGCAUGGUGCGUGACGUUAUUAAACAUAACACAUUUUAUUAUAAUUAUAACUGUUGUCAAAUGUAUUUAUUGGGUAAUAAUAUACUCAUGCAAAUAA